AUGCGGGGCUUCACAUUCUCUGGUCCCGUGUCAAGACGCCUAGAGGAAGAGGAGGAGGAGGAGGAGGGCGGACAGAAGGACGAUGCAUAUGGAGUCCAAGCGACUGCAGCAUUCGCUAGCUUCCAACCCGGGGCUGUGUUUGAAAAAGAAGAGGUUAAAAGUGGAUGGAGGAGUUUGUGCUGUUGGAAAGUCGGGCUCCCGGUCUUUAACUCUGGGGGACUCAUGAAACGAUGGUGCUGAAGGGAAACACGGGUGGUGCCCCGUUUGUACCCAGCAUGAGAAUACCAGGCCGGUCAAAGUCAUUGGAAGCAAGUCGGACAAGACGUCGGUGCUUUUUCAGGCUGCUUACCCUGUCAAGAGUGGACCUAAAAUGACAUCCUAUUUAUUAAUGUAAAGAAAAAAAAGAGCGAAGAAUCGAUCAAGCUAAUGUUGAGGGAUGUUUUUCUCUGCUAAAAAAAGACCCAAAGAAAAGACAUCUAGUGUUAAAUAGCAGGAAAGGAUCAGCAGAUGUCAUAAAUCAGGAAUGUGAUCUCCUUUAUGAAAAGAAAUGCAGCUUUUGACUUUGAACAGCUCUCAGUCUGCACUUUGCCUGUUUGGAGGCACCCUGGCACUGCAUUUGGUGUGAUUUCUUCUUAAAGUUCACAGCCUGUGAAGUUUUUUUCUGUUUGACCAAAACUGGGACUGGGAUUAGAUUAACCACAUCUGUAUUUUGCUGGCAUUUAUGUUCAUCUAAAGAGAUAAGAGCAUUUUAUACUGAUAAUUUUAACCCUUGUGCUGCCCUUCAGGGUCAAAAAGACCCAGUCAGUAUACCCUCGCCCUAUUGGGGUGAAUUUAGCCUCCAGUCAGCGUGGACUAAGAUAACCCAUGACUCCUGAUUGUUUUACCCCGCCUGGGUCGAAUAGACCCCAGUCAAGUAUGGAUUUGAGAAUCGUAAACUCGCGCCCCUGCCCUCGGCAGGGUCAAAUAUACCCCACCGUGGUGUACAUAGCCUUUUUUUUUUUUUUUUCAUUUAUUUAUUUAUUUAUUUAUUUUUACUCAUUUGAACUCAUGACUCCUGACGUUCCAGCGCGCAUCUCAAACAGCAUAAACCCCUGGACCCGAUUCUCGCUCAUCCAGUCAAGUAUCCUGUGGUGGUGGCGGCGUUGAGGACCCCCUGUAUUUUACAGCGUGAGGACUGUAAAAAAAAAAAACAUAAAGCUCUAGGUUUUACUUUCAAGGCUACACUACAUAUAGAGACUAAGAAAACUUGGAAACUUGGAGGACUGGAAAAAAAAUAAAUAAAUAAAAUAAUUUUUAGGAAAGGAUGUCGGUAUCAACAAAAGUUCCAUCUCAAGAGUUGAGUAGAAUAGAGUGAAAACUGUAUUCAUCACGGCAGGGAAACUUAGAGAGUGUCAGAGAGCUUGCAAAUACAGAUAACAACAGCCGCACUACCUAAUUCAUAUAAAUGAGCACAACCUAUCACAAAAUAAAGGCAGUACAGUGAAAAGGCAAGGGGAAUUUGUUUUUACACACGCUUUUGUCUCAGAGAGUUUCACAUAGCAUUAUAAUGCCAACAUCAUCUGCCCUUAGACCCUCACGUCAACUGAGGAAAAAUGGAGAAAUAAGACAAAAAAAAAUUGGAGAAACCUCAGGGUGAGCAACACAGGAGAGAUCCCCUCACCCAGGACGGGGCAGACCUGCAACAGAGGUUCUAUACAGACAAAAACAAACAAACAAAAAAAAACGGGUUUACUACACAUAAUGUGCCGAACACGACAUUCCAUUGUUGCCUAACAGGAAAACAGAAAAGUUUUCUCAAAAGUGUUGAACACCGACAAAAAGGACCGUAGAGGAGAGACUACAGUACAGUAAGUAUUCUAUAUGUAUCUAUCUAUCUAUCUAUCUAUCUAUCUAUGUAAAGACAUGAAUAUAUUUGCAUUUUUCGUGACUCGUGCGCCCUGAGAGUGGCAGCAAGUCACAGCAGCUCCUCACAGAGUUCGCGUUUUUGCCUUCUUAUUGUUGUUUUUUUGCACCUCAUUUAUACCCUUAUUGUUAUAACUGCAUGUUUGCACUUUUUGUCUUGUCUGUGAUGCUGCUGUGACAAAAAAAAUUUCCCCAUGGGGGGAUCAAUAAAGGAAUAUUCUAUUCUAUUCUAUUUGUGUUUGUUCAUCUUCUCACUCUGUGUGCUUUUAAAGCAAGGGAAUGGCUGUGAUAGCUCCAACAAAACAAUGUGAACGCGUAGUAGUGUAGGGUAUUGUGAAUUCCUAGAACGACAAAAUCUGUUCGGAUUUUGGACAAAACCUGUUCGGAUUUUAGAUCAACUCAGAAAUCCAGUCAAACAAUAAAGUUUCUCUCUCUCUCUCUCUCUCUCUCUCUCUCUCUCUCCCUCCCCCCUCUCUCAACAUGCGGUAACUGGCUCUCUCUUUCCCUUCACAGUCGCGCUGCAUUUCACAGGGCCGCUUCAUUCCGUUAUUGCCUAGGAGGACAGAAAACAGAAAAGUUUUUCUCAAAAGUGUUGCAGACCGACAACCGGGACCGUAGAGGACAGACCAGAGAACAGUAAGUGUUCUAUAUCUAUCUGUCCCCCGCUCCAGGAUUCGACCUCUGACGCGCCGCACGUCGACGGAGAGGAGCAGGAAAGUGCGCUCUACCCCCCCCCUUCCCCGGGGGGGUCCGGCCCAGCGCCCUCUGCACGACCGGCCAUCCCGCGGGGGACGGUCACGUCGUCUCUCAGCCUACGCGUCCGUUCUUCUCGUCAGCUGAGCCGGCGACGGCAUGGGGACGGAAAGGACGGACCCGUGGUUCUGAGACGACGCGUCCCCCGCUCCAGGAUUCGGCCUCUGACGCGCCGCACGUCGACGGAGAGGAGCAGGAAAGUGCGCCUCCGCGGCUACGGUCCAAGACCGUCCCGAGGAGGGGAAAGCGCCGAAGGCGAGUUUGGAAAAAGGGAAAAACGCGGGACGGAGGAUUCGUCUGCGAGUCGACGUGCUGAGAAACCCCCGACGCUCUCCUGUUCCCGUUCCGGCCGGCUACCGCCGCGAAGACGUUUUCGACGAGGGAGAAAAGGGCGCGCGACUGCGGCCGAACGUGUGGCGCGCGGAUGGAGACGGAUGGAGGACGCCUGGGCUUUAGAGGUAAGAUGUGUGUGACCUGUGCGCGUGUGUUUUCUACACUGCCUGUGUAUUCUACACUGCCUGUGUAUUCUUUUUUUGUUUGUUUGUUUGUCCCCGCUCCUCGUGUUCGGCCUCUGACCCGCCGCGAGUCGACGGAGAGGAGCAGGAAAGUGCGCUCUCCCCCUUCCCCGGGGGCGUCCGGCCUCCGAGGGCGGCCUCCGCGGCUACGGUCCAAGACCGUCCCGAGGAGGGGAAAACGCCGAAGGUGAGUUUGAAAAACGGAAAAACGCGGGACGGAGGAUUCGUCUGCGAAUCGACAAGUGCUUUACAAAUACAUUUUUUUUUUAAAAGCACGCCUGUCCAAGGCUCGGUGAGGUUUAGGGAAGAGGACAACGCCUGGGCUCCAGAGGCACGAGUCGGCAUCCCACAUGAAGUCAAAAAAGUCUCUAUCACUCUGUCAGUUGUAAAACACCAAAGUGCAGUUGUAUAGUCGCGGAACAGUGCAGCGUGUGUACGCGCCCAAGAAAAACAGUGCAGCGUGUGUCUGAAUAGAUCAAGUUUAUAGCAAGUUUAGUCACAUCUCCGUAAAACCGUACUACACCUGCAUAAAACCUGUACUACUACCGAUCCUCCGAGUCGUUCGUAGCGCCGCGUCUAGAUCUAGAACUCGCGGUGAGGGCGAGGGCGAGGACGCCGCCGGAGCGGCGUCGGGAGCGGACGGCCCGACCGGGGCGAGGAAGAGGAAGAGGUGUCAGUUUUGCCCGCGGGCGAAGGACAACAAAACUUCUACCGUGUGCAGCGGGUGUAAGAAAUAUAUCUGCAAAAGUUGUUCGCUCCCGUACUGCGCUGAGUGUGCCGCUGAGAAUUUGGAGACGGGUUGAUCGCCGACACACGCACACACACACACGCACACACACACACGCACGCACGCACGCACACACCAUGUGUGACCCCUCGAGACGUGGGAUGCGGUCGGUUGAACUGUCCGCAACCGGGGUGACUAGUUUUAGAGGCAGAGAGGCAGCCUGGCAGGACCGCAUCAGAAGAGGAAAUACUUACGACUUUCCAAAGAUGAAAAUGUCACGGGAACUGCCGAAAAGACACGAGAGCAUGAUGAACAGCGAGGACCCGGACAUUGAGGUUGUUGGUGGCGACGUGGGUAAAAAGCUACACUUUAACCCCGUUAGAGCGGCAGUGGCAUUACAGCUUUGCAGAAAGCUCAAGGUAGACUGUAGAAAGAGGUAUAGCAAAUUCACGGAUGUCUGUGAAUUAGGAGCUCCUUGUAAGAACGUGAAGAUUAAAAGCGACGGGAAUUGCUUCUUUAGGGCAGUCAGUGUAGCCGUGAGCGGUACCGAACGCCAUCACGGAAGAAUAAGAGAAGCCGUGGUGAAUCACUUGCAAAGCAAUGAAGCUGCGUACGCCAACAUUCUGAGAAGGGGUUACCUUUCGGUGUCGGACUACGUCGACGCAUCUGAAAUCGGCUCUCUAGGAAGUUGGGCGACAGAGGUUGAGAUUCAAGCGACGGCGGAUUAUUUGGGCGUCGACGUAUUCACGUAUUACACCGACCGUUGGCUUCGGUACAGUUGCGACAGCGUUCGGGUCUCUAAACAGGGGAUUUAUUUAGCGAAUAGCGGCAGCCAUUACGAGACCGUCGUUUGUGUCACAAGUCCUCCGAAGCGGUCUUGUCGCGGCUACUGCAAACUAGGCGUAGUUGCGUCAGACACGUAUGAUUGUCUGACCUCAAAUUCUGCCUACGCCGAUUCUGCAUCUCGAUCCGAGAUUGCUUCGCCGUCGCCGACAUCGAUUCGUCCGGAUAACACGGUGUCUGUGAAUGACGUCGACUACUGCGAAAAGGCGAGCGAUGAGCGCGAGGAGGGGUCCCGCCGCUCUGACGAGCGUCGAGCUGCGAGGGAUUUUUACCGAGAUGCCGACAGUCCUCGGAGCCGCUACGAGUAUGACGAUUACCGCAGUGACGCCGCCGAGCUAGACGUCGGAGGACGCUUCGGCGAAGAUGAGGCCUGGGAGAAUAAUCCUGACGAAGAGCGUGACCGCUAUGGAUGGCUAUCAAGGAGACGUGUAGAAAAUUAUAUUAUCGUUGAAAAUAUGGAGCAUCGUCCCUACGGCGAUAGCCUUGUAACUCCGGGCGACGCGGAGGAUACCGCCGAAGCUGAUUUACCGCGUAACAGCGUUGCGGAUUGGCGUGAACUUUUCGACCGCUCUGAUGAGCGUCGAACUCCGAGGGACUGGGAGGGCACGAGUGACCGCGAUGCCGACUUUUACCGAGAUUCUAACAGUCCUUGGAGUCACCGUGAGUAUGACGAUUACCGCAGUGACGCUGCGGAGCUAGAAGUCGAAGGGCGCUUCGGUGAAGAUGAGGCCUGGAGGAAUACUCCCGACGUAGAGGGCACGAGUGACCGCGAUGCCGACUUUUACCGAGAUUCUAACGGUCCUCGGAGCCGCCGUGAGUAUGACGAUUACCGCAGUGACGCUGCGGAGCUAGAAGUCGAAGGGCGCUUCGGUGAAGAUGAGCCCUGGAGGAACACUCCCGACGUAGAGGGCACGAGUGACCGCGAUGCCGACUUUUACCGAGAUUCUGACGGUCCUCGGAGCCGCCGUCAGUACGACGAUUACCGCAGUGACGCUGCGGAGCUGGAAGUCGAAGGACGCUUCGGUGAAGAUGAGGCCUGGAGGAACACUCCCGACGUAGAGGGCACGAGUGACCGCGAUGCCGACUUUUACCGAGAUUCUGACGGUCCUCGGAGCCGCCGUCAGUACAACGAUUACCGCAGUGACGCUGCGGAGCUAGAAGUCGAAGGACGCUUCGGUGAAGAUGAGGCCUGGAGGAACGCUCCCGACGAAGAGUACGAUCGUCGCGGCCUGCUAUCGGAAAGACACGUAGAAGGUGACGUUGUUGAAGACGAGGAGUGUUAUCCCUACGGCGAUAGCCUCGGAACUCCAGGUGACGCGGAAGAUACCGGUGAAGCUGAUUUGCCACGUGACGGCUUUAUGGAUCGGUCCGAACUUUUAAACGAUGAGAUCUGUAUCGCGCUGUGGGAUUGCGAGGAAGAAGUUCGAGAGGAGUUUGGCUCGAAUGACCGCUACGCAGCUACCUGCCGCUGGACCGAAUUGGAGGAAUCGUGGAAAUCGUUUGUCGGUUGGCUGGGUGAGCGCUGGUGGGGCUCGGUGUCGGAAGAGUCCGUCAGGACCUUCAUGGAUUCAUCCGAGAGACGUCGCGUCGGGGAUAUCGUCGUCUCGGCGUGCUUCGGUGACACGCCCGGGGGAGUUUGUUCUUUCACAGUGAAGACCGAAAGCGGCCUGCUGUCACUUCCUUUGCUUAUCCGUCGAAGACGCUACGUGUGCGCCGACUUGGCGGAAGGUGAUUUUUCGUGUCCGAUCGACAUGUUGAGAAAGCUGGCCCGUGAAACCUACACACACUUGCUCCCCCGACCCACAACGAUACCUUCCGAUCCCCAGAGCUUUUCUCUUACACGGGUAGUGGAUGAUAUGUGGAGCGUUUUAGAAUUGGUGAAAAGCGGAUGGAGUGACGUUUCCCGACCCCAUCGCAUAAUACAGUAUCUACAAAACAAGGAAGGACCCUCUGUUACGCCAGCGGCGUUAAUUUGCUGCGUAGAUGAUGACAGUCCGGGAUACCUGUUUGAGAUUAUAGACGCCAAGGGGAAGAGUCUGAAAGUAACAUUUGAUAAAUGGGGCUUCACGUUUGGAUCGGGUCUACAUUUCUCCGGACUCACAAGUCUGCUGUCACAUAUCUGUGAGGUCGAUGGAGUACACUUUGUGAUUAACUGUAGAUUCUUGCUCACUGCGAGCGAACCGGAGCGUCCGAUGUAA